AUGGCUACUUGGGAGGAGUAUCUAGCUACCCAACAGUCUGUUGAUGGAGUGCAGUUCACAUGGAACUUGUGGCCUCACAGCAGGGUAGAUGCACAACGGCUCGUAGUUCCUGUAUCAUGUUUCUUCACACCUCUAAAGGAAAGGCCAGCUGAUCAACCGCAGCAACCACCCCUCGAGUAUGAUCCCGUGCUAUGCCAGAAAGCUAGCUGUAAAGCUAUCUUGAAUCCUCUAUGUUUCGUGGACUUUCGCGCAAAAACUUGGGUUUGCCCUUUCUGCAACCAGAGGAAUCCAUUCCCUGCUCACUAUGCCGCAAUCGCUGAGGAUAAUCGACCGCCAGAACUGUAUCCGCAGUUUACAACGAUAGAAUACACGCUGAAGAAAGCUACUACAAUGCCGCCAAUCUUCAUGUUUGUUGUGGACACUUGUAUAACUUCCGAUGAACUCAAGGCGCUCAAGGAAAGCUUGCAGACAGCUCUAUCACUGCUUCCUGCCGAUGCUAUGGUUGGCAUAAUCACGUAUGGUCGAAUGGUUCAGUUGCACGAACUCAACGUACAAGGAAUCAGCCGAAGUUUUGUUUUCAAGGUUCGUUUUUUUUUUGCUUUUUGA